UUUGGUGCCCAGCGCCGGGUCGAGCCGAAGGGGCCCUUGGUGAACUCGGAGUACUACACGGGCUGGCUGGACUACUGGGGAGAGGCACAUGCCAGCACCAGCUCGGCGCAGGUGGCCCGGGGGCUGGAGGACAUGCUGCAGCUGGGAGCCAGCGUCAACAUGUACAUGUUCCAUGGGGGGACGAACUUUGCUUAUUGGAGUGGUGCUGACUUCAAGGACCAGUACAAACCAGUGACCACCAGUUAUGACUAUGAUGCCCCCCUCUCGGAGGCGGGAGACCCCACCGAGAAGCUGUUUGCCAUCCGCACAGUCAUCAGCAAGUUCCAGCCCCUGCCAAUCGGUCCGAUGCCACCUGCCACUCCCAAGUAUGCCUAUGGCCGGGUGGCCCUGCGGAAGUAUGCCAACCUCCUGGACAUCUUGGAUGUGCUGUGCCCCUCCGGGCCCAUCCAGAGCCAGUUCCCCCUAACCUUUGAGGCCAUAAAGCAGGCCCAUGGCUUCGUGGUGUACCGCACACAGCUGCCCCGGGAUGUCCUGGACCCAGCCACGCUGGGUGCUCCUCCCCACACCGUCUGCGACCGUGGCUACGUGAUGCUGCAGAAGGGGACCCUGGAGCGGGACGGGCAGACGGCGCUGCAUGUCACAGGCAGCGCAGGCGACACCUUGGAUGUGCUCCUGGAGAACAUGGGCAGGAUCAGCUUCGGGGCCAACAUCAGUGACUUCAAGGGCUUGCUGGCAAACCUCUCCUUGGACUCCAGCCCUCUCAGGAACUGGCUGAUCUACCCCCUGGCCAUAGACACUGCCAUCCAGCAGGGCUGGCCCCACGCUGCUCCACCAAAAUCAAACAGCAGGGGCAGGGCAGGGCCAGCCUUCUACACCGGGACCUUCGAGACCCCUGGCAUCACCUGGGACACCUUCGUGAAGUUCCCCGGUUGGAGCAAGGGCCAGCUGUGGAUAAAUGGCUUCAACCUGGGCCGGUACUGGCCCCGCCGCGGGCCCCAGCAGACCCUCUUUGUGCCUGGCUCUGUGCUGCAUGUUGGCCGCCCCAACAACAUCACAGUGCUGGAGCUGGAGGGGGCACCCACCACCCCCUUCCUGCUCUUUCUCGACCGACCCCUUUUCAACAGGACCCUCAGCCUCAGCACCGUGUCCACAGAAUAA